AGAAGCUGCAGUGACAUUAAAGCUCGAAGUCCGCGGGCCACGAGUGGCUCUUACGUCAUCGACCCUGAUGGCGAUGGAGGCAACGAACCUUUUAAUGUCUUUUGUGACAUGACUGACAAAAACGGUGUUGGUGUAACCGUGGUAGGUCACGACAGCGAAGCUAGAACGCUAGUUGUGGGAUACGAAGCACCAGGGAGUUACGUGAAACAUAUCACCUACAAUACAACGGGGCUUAUCGGCGUGGCACAGUUAGCAGGCCUAGCAGAUGUUUCAACUCACUGCGAACAGUUUAUUAAGUAUGAAUGCUAUAAUGCCGCUCUUUUCAGACUUGAUGAGUGCUGGUGGGUAUCACGUCACAAUCAAAGUAUGUUCUAUUGGGGAGGAGCUAAGCAAGGUGAUAACAAAAAGUGCGCUUGCGGGCUGACGUCGCCAAACUCGUGCGUACACCCCUCUUUUACAUGUAACUGCGACAAGAAUGAUUACACGUGGCGCGAGGACAGCGGUUUCCUUACUGAGAAAUCCCAACUUCCUGUGAUAGAGUUAAGGUUUGGGGACACAGGUAACUCACCAGAGAAAGGCUAUCACACCCUUGGAAAAUUCAAGUGUUACGGUUAGUUAGCCCAAUAUUAGGGUUCCUUAGUAUUAAGCCUGAUAAAUCAAAACAAUAAAAGAAGUUAAGUCACAUUAAAUCCAACUGCUAUCCAAAGUUUAGAUUUGUUUUUAAGUGGCUGUGUCACGGCUGUCCAAUUCAUCUUGUUUCUAGAUAAUGUCUUUAAUACCAUUAGCCUCCCACGCAAGCGUUUCUUGGGAAGCGUUGGGAAGAAAAACGAGCUCCCCUAAAAACGCCUGCGUGGGAGGCUAUAAUGCCAUCUACGGGUCUAUAUUCGCUAAAAUACUUGACAAACCUGUGAAUGACAAAAUCACAGUUGCGUGUCAUACAAAAUAUGUCUCCUAAGCAUUGUAUCCAUGGUUAAAAACAGCAAAAAUGAACUUUGAAAAACUGUUAGGUGAACAAGGUUUCAAAAACCACGCUUGAAUUCCCUUUCAAUCGUCUUAAAGUAUGUCCAUCCCUGCUUCCCUUUGUAUUUGCUGUGUCAUUUAUACCUUGUUCUAACUUUAGAAGCGGUUAUUUUAAUGUUUUACUCAAUUUGGUGAUAUUUCCGACUGUUUAAAUGUUGAUAAAAUUCGUGGCACAGCUCCUUUAAAAUGAGGCGAAGUGCGAAGCCUUUUGAUAUGAAAAUUAAUUUCAACGAAGAAAACAGUCAAGAACUUACCUCGUUUUGAAAAUGAGGGUUUUUGGAACUCGGAAAAUAAUAUUGAAAUAUUGAUCGCAUGAAAUGGCUAUUAUGGUAGGUCACAAUAAUUGACGUGAAAGAAAAGAUAAUUCAGUGUUGAUGAUUUAGUGCCUGACUCCUUAAUUGCAGAUAUAUAUGAGUGUCAACCAGGAAAGCACAACUGUCAUGUAAACGGUAUGUGCAAUUACGCCAAAGGAUCCUUUGUGUGCUCCAGCACAGGUGAGAGUAGUACCUUGGUCUUAUUUAUAAUCUUUUCCUAAUCAACUCCAUUUUUCUCGGAUUUACUCCAAGAUCAGUCACAAGGUAGUAUGCUUCUUAGUCCGUAGAGCUGUAGUUUGUUCUUUUAAGUGUCACCGUCUGAAACUGUUCCAGGGGCCAAAAGUUGUGGUCAACCGAUUUGGCUGAAGCUUGGCACAGAAGCUAGGUGUAAUGAAGUAUUUCAAAAGCCACUUUGGCUCACUUCUCUGACUUUUGGAAUUUUAGGGGCAUCUCAUGUUUUGCCCUUUGAGCACAAAAAUCCAGUCUUCAUCUUCCUUUGCCAUUAGCAAAUUGUGUUGCCAAAUGAAUUUGACGAUGAACUGUGCUAUAAUAGAGCUUUCAGUUCAUGCACGUAAAUUUGUCCUCAAGGUAUUGGACAAAGAGGAGCCUGGGGCUAGAGUUUGGCUAAAAUUGAUGUCAAAAUUACCACCCAAAAUUGCCAUUUUUCAAAAGUUUAGUAUAUUUACCUGCGUUCUUGCAUAAAUUUCAUACCCAUACUAUUGUUUACUUUAGUUACCAAAUUAUCAAAAUCAGUUGAGAAACAUUUUUGGAAAGUCUCCAUAUUUGUCAGGCCCAUUUUUAUAUUUUUCUAAGAUAACGUUAGCUUAACGAAAACGUUCGUUAACAUAUAAUCUUCGUCUGACCUUUCAAAGCGCAGUUUGUUAAAUGAUGAAUGGUGAGAGGCAUAAAAAAAUCCUUGCUUCCGAAACGCAAGCUGCAACGAUGUCGCGAUAGUCCCUAUAUUAUUCUCGGCUCUUCCCAAACUGUCCCCCGCCCCUAAGUAGAAUUGAUAUACUCAUCUCCAGGCUACGUAGACUCAGUACAUUUGUAAGGAUAGGUGCUGAGUAUUUCGUAGAUAUCUUAACUCCCAGUUUACAAACAUAGGCACGUUUUACGUGCAUGAGCGAUUUUGAAUGCUUCAGUGUAACGGUAUCGGCAAUCUACUGUCUUAAUCCUAAAUUAAGGGUAUGUUUUGUGCGAAAUUGGGUAUUGCUAUACAUUAAUGAAAACGAGAACCGCAGCGCAUAGCUGAUUCGAUCCGAUAAGUUUACUUUUCGUUGUCUUUCAUUCAGACAUCUGGUGCAAAAAAAACCAAAUUGUUAAAGUACUAUUAAUAUCAACUUACCAAACGUUGCUUAGAGGGAAAACUCGAAGUUUUCAAGGUUUCUUCAUGGUUUCUUAAAAUAAUGAAGGUCGACGAAUACAGAAUAGCUAAGAUUUUCAUCAUUGGUGUAUAUGGCUGCAUCAUCAUUAUUCACGAGGUUAUCACGUGCGAUUCUACUUUAAUGAAACAGUCCUUAACUCUGACCACUUAAUUCUAAGAAUGUUAUGAAUUUUUGCUUCUUAAAAGAAAAGAGCCUUUGUUUAGGCACCAGUUAAAAUACUAAAGAUGUCUUCAUACGUUCAAGUUACUAUUAUUACUGUGAAAAUCCAGCGUGAGAUGUAGAAUCCCACAGUUUGCACGUGAAAGUGUCGGACUUUGCCCCUUUCGUGGUUCGUACGUGAGGGAAUUCUAGUUAUCACACAGUAAUCCAGUAAACAGAAUUAUAAAAAUAACUCAUGCACACAAUUUGCACGCGAAGAUGUUGGACUUUGGCCCUUUUACAUUUCGUACGUAAAAAAACGCAAGUUGAUUACUAGAAAAUUUGCUCAUACGAGAUAAGAAAUCACCUCGGCUAUUCGUCAUCUACAAUUAAAUUAUGCUUCAUACAACGUCAAUGUUGAUAGCCUAACAUUUAUUAACUCCAAGAAAAUUAUCAAAUGAAACUGCCCAAAUAUAUUUUUACUUAUAUCGUGUUAUUCCACUCAAUAAAGCAAUAUCUAAUUAGUGUCAGGUAGCUUCUUCCAGUUUUAUUCUUCAACGCAACUGUUUCUACUUAAAGCCUGGUUUCCAUAUGAUCGCUACGAUCGUUGUGAUCGCUGCGAUCGCCGAACUUUUUUUUUCCUCAACGAUCGCAGCGAUCAUAGCGAUCAUAUGGACUGAACCACUUUCCAGCGAUCGUUGUUGCUGCGAUCGCUGGAAAGUGGUUUCCUUAUGAUCGCUGAAUUUUUUUUUUCUCAGCGAUCACAGCGAUCGUGGCGAUCAUAUGAGAACCAGGCUUAAGUUACGCAUCUUUACUAAAUAAAAUACGUUUCAAUAACAAUAAUACUUAGUAAGCAGGAAGGAUGUAUCAUGUUGCUCACUUAUUCAUAAAAUACGUUUCAAUAACAAUAAUACUUAGUAAGCAGGAAGGAUGUAUCAUGUUGCUCACUUAUUCAUGUUUUCUUUUUUUGCCGGAACGAAAAAGGCCUGUUGAAGUUUGCAAGUGGGAGAAUAAAGCUUGUUUACAGGAUUAACAAUACUCGGUACAACUUCCAAAAAAAAAAUAUGCCGCCUUUCAAACAUUUAAAACCACACGUUAUAGGCCACAUACUUUCGAAUUAAAGUCCAUAUCUAAAUAUCAAUUAUUGUUUCAUUGGAAGAGAUUUGAAAAUAUAUGAUCUUUUAUAUACCCUAUGCAGAACGAAAAGAGACUGGGAGCGAUAAACGUUAAAACGAGGCUAGUUUAGCCUUGUUUGCUUGUGUUAGAAAUAUGGCUGCUUAUGGCUAUGUAAGUAGCCGUCUUUCUCAGAGUCUUACAGAGGAAGAUAUGCUCGGAGCAUCGCUUCAAGGAAGAAAUCUGACUACUCUUAAAUCAGAUGAACUUCGCUUUUGGUUAAAAUGUGGUGGCGAUCCAGCAAACGGGUUAAAAACAAAGGCACAAUUUAGAAGAAAACAAGUGAACAAGCAGCCUCAAAAGAAUGGCAGGCUGAAAGGAAAUUUCGGUAUACAGCAUCUAAUUUCCACACAAUUGUAAAAAGGCAAAGGAAUCAUGACACUCUAGUAAACAAUCUGCUUCAUCCCAAACCAUUUACUGCCAAACAAACUGCACAUGGGAAAAACCUAUGAGCCUGUAGCCUUAAAAGAGUAUGAAAGAUAUAUGUUUUCAACAAGGAACCCAGUUUCAGUGUUCAAAAUUGGCCUUGUUGCUAGUAUGGCCUCUCCCUUGUUAGAAGCAUCACCACAUGGCAAGGUCAUUAACCGAGGCUGUAGCAAGCCUUUUGGGCUUGUAGAGGUUAAAUUUCCCUACACCAAAUCUCAUGUGAGUCCCUUAGAAGCAUGUGCAGAUGUAAGUUUCUUUGCAGAAAAUGUAAGUGGAAAGCCAAGGCUUAAAAGGGAGCAUCAGUACUACUUCCAGAUACAGGGUCAACUACGUAAUACGGGAGCAAGUUGGUGUGACUUUGUUAUCUAUACUAACAAAGGCAUGAGUAUGGAGAGGAUCACAUUUGAUCCUCAAUUCUGGAACGUAUUGAAUGAAGGCCUAAAGAACAGCUAUUUUGAACAUUUAUAGCACCAGCUUUUGUAGAGUUCGAUAACCAUUAGAAGGGUUAACUACCCCAAUCUAAUCUUGGCAUGAGUAAAGAGAA